AUGACUAGCGCCUGUGUGAACUGCCUGAAAUCUCUGGUGACAGCUCUGCACUUCCUCUGCUGGCUAAGCAACGCCUUUGUGGUGGCCUUUGGUGAAUUCAUGAUGAUGCACUCCAGGUUUGCCUCUCUAGUCACCUCCUUCUGGCCAAUCUACCCUGCCAACACUCUGGUGGUCACUGCUACCAUUGCCACCUGUGUGUGCUAUUUGGGAGUGGUUGGAGGCAUGAGGGAGAACCGCUGCAUGCUCAUAAGCUUUUAUGUCCUGCUGUCCUUCCUGAUAUCUGUGGAGCUGGCCAUGGCCUGUGUGUUUUUUGUCUACAACAGAGAGAUUGGCACCUACUUUGAGAAAGAUCUGAUGCACAGCUUGGAGGUCUACAAGAUAUCAGGUCCAGGAGAAAAUCAGACACUCAAAGAUGACUUUGAUGCCAUCCAGUAUCUGUUUAAGUGCUGUGGAGUCCACGGUGUGGCAGACUGGGGGGGAAAUGUCCCAAUAUCCUGUUGUACUCUGGACCCUUGUAACGUCACUGACCAGCCCAACUGGCAAGAGGGUUGUGUUGGGAAACUGCAGGACUGGUUUGCCAAAAACUACCUAAGCACAGCAGCAGGAGUGGUCUCCAUGUUUGUCUUACAGUUUCUUUGCAUGUCUAUCACCCUCCCUCUCUUUUGCUGCUUUGCUGUACGUGGACAGGGUUACUGA